ACAUGCGUAGAGCUCCCAUCAGAGCCAACUACCCUGAAGUAGUGAAAGUAGUUGAAAGCAGAGCCUGAAAUUCAAGGGCGAUUCCAGUGGACGGACAGAGGAACUCAGACUCUCGGCUUUGCUCAUCUAUGGAAUUCGAACACCAGAAUCGUACAAGAACAUCUCCUGCAACCCGCUCCAACUUUGUUAGUGCCGUCAACACGCGGAAUAGCGCACUCCAGCUCUGUCCAUUAACAUGGCCACACACACAAUUUGACAACACUGAAUUUGUCUCAACAUACACAAGAUGGAUGGGAGUUAGCAGGUUGUGCUCACCACACCUGCAUGGACCUGCCAAGCACUUGUAAAUUAUAUAUAUAUAAAUAUAUAUAAUUAUAUAUAUAUGGCCGAGACGAUGAAGAGGAUUUUAACUGGCCUAUUAAUAUGCUUACAAAUAAACAUGGAUUUGCCUUCUGUACAGACUUGUGACUUAAGAAAUAUUGAAUUUUAAACACUUGGUGUGACUUAACUUUAUUGUGCAGUACAAUUUAUCACUGUUUUGACCAUCACUUUCUAAUUCCAACAUCGUGGAGAUGGAGAAGAACCAGAAUGUCACUAUUGAUUCUGAGAACAGGACACUGUUCUCCACGGUCCUGGUUGGGCUAGUGUUAGGAGUGAUUGUAAUAAUAACCAUCUUUGGGAAUGUGCUGGUGUGCUUAGCGGUGGGGUUGAACCGUAAACUCCAGAACCACACAAACUAUUUCAUUGUAUCCCUGGCGGUCACCGAUCUACUGCUGGGUUUGCUGGUCUUGCCUUUCUCAGCCAUCUCAGAACUGCUUGAGUCAGAAUGGCCAUUUGGAGAUAUCUUCUGUAACAUCUACACCAGCUUGGACGUCAUGCUGUGCACAGCUUCCAUCCUUAAUCUGUUAAUGAUCAGCUUGGACCGUUACUACGCAGUGACAGCCCCACUGAGAUACACCAUGCUUAUGACUCCCAACAGAGUCGCCAUCUUUCUCAGUCUGAUCUGGUGCAUAUCCAUCAUGGUCUCUUUCUUGCCCAUCAACUUGGGUUGGAAUACCAAAGAUCUGUCAGUGCAAAGCUUGGCCAACACCAAUCAAUGCCACUUGGAGCUCAACAAAGCCUACGCCCUCGUGGAUGCUUUCAUCACCUUCUACAUCCCUUUAGCCAUCAUGUGCCUGACUUAUUAUCGAAUAUUCAAGAUUGCAAGGGCACAGGCCAAAAGAAUCAACACGGUUACUGGCUGCAAAGCACUGAACCCAUCAUUGCCAACUGUGAAGGAGCAUAAAGCGACAGUAACACUAGCGACAGUGAUGGGGGUCUUCAUUAUUUGCUGGUUCCCUUAUUUUGCAGUGUUUACCCAUGAAGGGAUUUCAGGGCAUCAGCCCAACAAGACUGUUUUUGCUGUGGUGCUGUGGUUGGGCUAUGUCAACUCAGCCCUGAACCCCAUACUUUAUGCUGCCCUCAACCGGGAUUUCCACAAGGCAUACCAAAAGUUACUGCGAUGCAAGAAGAGGAAUUUAUAUUACGGAGACUCACCUGGCAACCCCCUGACCUGCCAGCCACUACACAGCUGGGAGGCUAGGAGUGAACAGUGUCAACAGCUGGGACAAGAUUUGGAAGACAGGAAUGGCGAAAAUGUUGUUUCCUGUAAAGAAGCCUCAGAAAGAGAUCUUGUCAUUUCCUGUGGAAGAUCAGCAGAGAUGAUCUCUUACUGCAGAGACUUAUGGCUGACAAAGGUCAGAUUGAUGAAAAACCUGUGGACUCCUGAAUUUGAAGAGACUGAAGUGGAACCUAUGGCACCCUAAAGGAUUGUUGGACAUUGAGCACUGAACUACCAAGUUCUAAAUUUGUACUGUUGUUUCAUAGGCAAUGAAUGUGCAAUAUUGAUUAGUCUACUGAAAACCACCUUCACGUGAUUGUCAUUAACGUGUGUUUUAGAAUUGUUUGUAAAAUAAUUAGAAUGAUGUUCAAAGUUUACAUGUGAAUCUAAACGUUAAUUCUUAAACCUGCUUUCAUAUUAUGGUGCAACUGUUGAAUUUCUGCUGAUAUUGAUAUUUAUAAAUGAUAUGGAUAACAUACUUAAAGCAUCAGAUCAACCAGAAUAAAUUAUUCAUCAGCA